AUCUUCGGGUGAGGCUUUCCUGAAUCAUGUGACGGGGUACUUAUAAGUCCUGUCACAUAUUGUCAGUUAUUUUAUUUUUUUUAACAUAAAAAAAAGCAUAUUUGGUACUGUCUUUGGUCGAGUUGUGGUGACACGUAGCUAGCUAGCUGCGUCGAAAUGGCAGGAGGUGUGAGGAAAAAGUCGUCCCCUGGUCCACGGUCUAGAGCGUGGGCGCCACUUCGUACACUAUGGCAGGAUAAACAUUUGAUCUUAUUCAAGGCAGAGUACACAAUACUGGUCGCCUCUGUUCUGUGGUUCCUGGAGAUCGGAAUAAACAUAUGGGUCAUCCAAAAAGUUGCAUACACAGAGAUCGACUGGCAGGCGUAUAUGGAUGAGGUAGAGGGAGUCAUCAACGGCACCUACGACUACACCCAGCUCAAAGGAGGCACAGGCCCGCUGGUAUACCCAGCAGGAUUUGUGUACACUUUCACAGCGCUGUAUUACAUCACCAACCACGGGGUGAAUAUUCGCCUGGCCCAGUACCUGUUUGCUGUUUUCUACCUGCUCACCCUGCUGCUCGUCUUCAGGAUCUACCACCGCACCCAGAAGGUUCCUCCCUACGUAUUCUUCUUUGUGUGCUGUGCCUCCUACCGGAUACACUCCAUCUUUGUCCUGCGUCUUUUCAACGACCCUGUAGCCAUGAUGAUGUUGUUCGGGGCUGUCAAUCUGUUCCUGGACGGCCGCUGGGCUCUGGGCUGUGGCCUCUACAGUUUAGCAGUGUCUGUGAAGAUGAAUGUGCUCCUGUUUGCCCCGGGCCUCCUCUUCCUCCUGCUGUCUGAGUUUGGCCUGAUGAGGGCCAUACCCAAGCUCUCUCUCUGUGCUGCCAUCCAGAUAUUGUUGGGCCUACCCUUCCUGAUGGAGAAUCCCAUUGGCUAUAUGACCCGGGCCUUUGACUUGGGUCGUCAGUUUAUGUUCAAGUGGACAGUGAACUGGCGCUUCCUGCCUGAGUGGCUUUUCCUAAGUCGCUACUUCCAUCUGGUGCUCCUGGCUGCCCACCUGCUAGCCCUGCUACUGUUUGCCCUGCGUCGCUGGAAGAGGCCUGGAGAGAGCAUCAUGGAUCUGCUGAAGGAGCCAGCCAAGCGAGUCAUCCCUGCCCAGAAACUCACCUCAGAUCAGAUGGUGCUGAUCCUCUUCACGUCUAACUUCAUCGGCAUGUGCUUCAGCCGCUCGCUGCACUACCAGUUCUACGUCUGGUACUUCCACACCCUACCUUUCCUUCUCUGGAGCGGAGGAGUCAAGAAGCUGGCUCACCUACUCAGGGUUUUGAUCCUUGGCCUGGUGGAGCUGUCGUGGAACACCUACCCUUCUACUACACACAGUUCAGCAGCCCUCCAUGUCUGUCAUCUCAUCAUGCUGCUCUCCCUGUGGUUCGUCCCCGGGGUAGAGGAGAAGACCAAGAGCAAGUGAGCUUUUCCCCUAGGAGACCCUCCUGUCGUAGGGGUCUGAUCGACCAUCUCCACCCUGCUCUCACCCCAGGCUGGUUCUCACCACGUCUUGCCCAUCUCGCUGUAGCUCUGUGCUAAUGUAUAGCGUAACGUACAGGUGGGAGAAGGUACAGCGUGAGACUGUAUGUGGAAGGUUCGUGGGGUGGGAGGAGGCCCGAAAACAAUUAGGAUUCUCAGGUUAAAGAAUUAAAUCUAAUUUAGGUGGGAGUCUAGUGUGGGAGUCUCGUUGUGAGGAGAAAUGCCGAAUGCUUUGCUGUGUUGUUGAUAAGACAUCUUUAAGUAAGGGUCUCUUACUUCCAGUAUGUAUUUUUUAUGGAGAAACUGCCUUUAGCCCAUGAUUUGUCCUGUUAAGUAGAGUCAAACUGUUAGUACAGUAGUUCCUCAUCCUGGCAAUCAGCUGGUCUGAACUUCUGUUACUGGACUAUUUGUUGAUGUAAACAUCCUGGUUUGCUGUAGCUCAGCAAUGCCAAGAUAGUGGGUUCGAUUCCAGGGACCACCCAUGUGUAAAAAAUAUUUUUUUAAAUGUAUGCAUGACUCAGUUCAUUUGGAUGAAAGCAUCUGCUAAAUGGCAUAUUAUAUUAAAGAUGGUUUCUAUGUUUUUUUAAUGAAGCUUUAAAUUGGUACCACCCAUUGGGCACAAUAGGAAUGACCACAAGGCUUACUAUAGGCUAAUACAUAAUAAAUGGCAUUUCAUAUAACAAUAUGACCAUGCAAAACUAAG